GACCAAGAUGUUGUUUCAAUAUCUGCAACUGGCUCCAGAAAAACAUUGACAUUUUGGAUGCCUCUAUUAUUCCACCCCCAAGGAAUACAGAUUGUUGUCACUCCCCUCAACAUUCUCGGUACCCAGAAUGUUGCUGCAUUGGAGAAAUCGUGUAUCAAGGCACUUGCACUACAUGCCGAGACUGCAACU